AUGAGUCGAGUUCGUACCAAGACCGUCAAGAAGGCGUCGCGAGUCAUUAUCGAGAAGUACUACACGAAGAUCACUCAUGAUUUCCACACCAACAAACGCAUCUGUGACGAGGUUGCCAUCAUCGGCAGCAAGCAGUUGAGGAAUAAGAUUGCCGGGUAAGU